CACACAUUCGAUGCGAAUCUCACCUAAACGUCAAAUAAAUCUCCGCCAAUCUCUUUGAUACAAGUGAUGCCUGGACGAGUGGCUGCUGGUACCCGAGCCCCACGGGGGCGCGCGGCGGCAGGCAAGACCACGGCAGCAUCAACCGCAGAGGUCCCUGAUGAGGGUCCCGACACGACUUUGCGACGCGCCAUCUGCGUAGUGUUCGCCGACGCACAAAAGUCCACUGCAGCACAUCGCAAGGCUAUCAUCAGUCUACGAAAGAUUCAGGAGGCAUGUUGCUACGAGCCGACGAGCAGCAAAAAGGGAAAGCAAGAUCAGGAUUUUGACGAGGAUGAAUUCAAUAAUGAGGUUUUGCGAUGCGUCUUCCGUGCGUUGCCCAUCAAGAAGUCGGAGGCGGUCGGUGAUCGAAUCGUGAGAUUUUUGGGCGCAUUCCUAGAGACUGCGAGUGCCAAGGACAAUGCGAUCUUCCAGGAUGAAGAAGAAGCGCCGGAAACACCUAGCUCGCGACUGGUCACAGCCGUGCUCAGCACAAUGAUCCCGUUGAUGAUGGCCAAGGACAAAGUCGUGCGCUUCCGAGCCACGCAGAUGACGAGUCAUCUGAUCAAUACGUUGAGUACAUUGGACCUCAGCCUCUUUCACCAACUCAAACUUGCUCUCCUCAAGCGCAUCCACGACAAAGAAGCUCAAGUUCGCAUGCAUGCAAUUUACGGCUUGACACGUUUUGCAGCAGACCCCGAGAACGACGACGAAGACGAUAAUUCCGAUUCGGAUGAAGACGCAGGAUCUGGUAUCCUUGAGAAGCUCAUCUUAGUCCUCCAACAUGAUCCCUCGGCCGAAGUUCGUCGCAAUCUUCUUCUAAACCUGCCGCUCACGAAAGAGCUGUUGCCAUAUUUGUUCGAACGGGCGCGGGACGCCGACGUGACGACCAGAAAAGCUCUCUUCGCCAGACUUCUACCAGCGAUGGGCGACUUUCGAAGUUUCAGUUUGACUUUCCGAGAUAAGUUGCUUCGAUGGGGUCUACGAGAUCGUGACGAGAAUGUUCGAAAGGCUAUGGCACGGAUAUUCCGAGAAAGAUGGAUUGAGGACUGCGCUGCUCGUCCUGCAAAUCGCAAAGCAGGCGACCCUGAAGAUGCCGAACCGAAGGAUCCUAACAUGGCCAAUGCUCCUUCCAUGAAUGCUUUGUCAGAAUUGUUGGAGCGAAUAGAUGUUGUCAACACUGGAGGGGAAGGAGGAAUUGCUUUGCUUGCGAUGCAGGAAUUUUGGGAGGGACGACCUGAUUAUGUCGACUACGUCUCAUUUCCUGACGAGUUCUGGGGCGACUUGACACCAGAGGUGGCUUUCGUGGCACGCACAUUCAACGAUUUCUGUCGGAGUAAUCACAAGGAAGACCGCUACGUCGGAUCCCGUUCACUCGACAUCCUUGCGGAGGAGAAGCUACCUGAGGUCACCAAAUUUGGAUUCUUACUUCAACGAGAACUCAACCGCCUCAUGGAGGCAGCAAGAGCCGCUGCAAUGGAAGAGAGCGAAGAAAGUGAGGAGGAGCUCGCGGCGCGGGAAUUUGUGGUAGAGCAGAUGCUUCACAUGGCCCUCACUUUCGAUUACAGCGAUGAAGUGGGACGCCGUAAAAUGGACAUCCUCAUGCGGGACGCACUCGCAAUGCCAGAUCUGCCCGAGGAGACUACCAGGCUCGUGGUUGAGAAUCUCCGACGCGUUUGUGGAGAGGACAGCAACGGCGAGCGGGAAUUCUGUCGGUUGGUGGUGGAGGCCAUUGCCGAAGUUCAUGAUACUAUCAUGGGCGAGGACGAUGAUCCAGCACUCGACGAUAGCAGCAUAGAAGGCUCGUUCCACUCGGCGACAUCGCAGUUCGAUGGUGCGGGAGAUGAGACGCUGAUGUUGGCUAAGAAACGACUCCAACGUGCCGGCAAGACGGUCGAGUCCAGCAAAGAAUCAGAUACAGAACAGGCUAUCCGGGAGUUGAUGGUCAACCUGAAGUGUUUGCACAUUGCGCUGUGCCUGUUGCAGAACAUCCAAUGUGACGUACAUCAGUAUGAGCAUUUGGUCAUGACGCUGAACAGUCUAAUUGUUCCAGCUGUGAGGAGUCAAGAGGCUCCUAUUCGAGAGCGAGGAUUGUUCUGUUUGGGAUUGUGCUGUCUAGUGAGCAAGAAACUUGCUUCGGAGAACAUGAAUUUGUUCCUACACUGCUUCACACGAGGACAUGGCACUCUCCAGGUGAUCGCGCUUCAAUGCAUCACCGACGUGCUCAUCGCUCACCCAUCCCUAUACCUCGACGCCCCUGAUACCAGCGCCAUCACCUCCGACCAAACCGAGAUCAACGAAACCUCCAAACUCGUUCUCAAAGCCUUCAGCAAAUCGCUCAAAUCCGGCGAUCCGAUUGUGCAAGCCAUCGGCGCCGCCGGUCUCGCCAAAGCAAUGUUAAGCCGAUUGAUCACGGACACCGACCUGCUGAAGCAACUGGUCAUCACCUUCUUCGACCCAGACAGCGUCUCCAACCCGCAACUCCGCCAAUCUCUCUCCUACUUCCUCCCCGUCUACUGCCACUCCCGCGCCGACAACGCCGCCCGCAUGGCGACCAUCUCCUGCGCCGUCAUCGCCCGCCUGACCACCCUCCGCGACGCUCGCCUCGAAGACGACGACGCCGACGCCGGCGCCUCCGCCGAAGCCAUGGUCAGCAUCUCCCAGGUGGCGAACAUGCUCCUGGACUGGACCGAUCCGCGCAAAAUCGUCGGGUAUACCGAACCCGUUCCCAGCGUCGACAACCACGCCACUCCCUCUUCGGGCACCACCCCUGCUGUGGCAAGCACGCAUUUCAUCCUCGCGGAAUCCGUCCUCGAACGCCUCGUGACCUCGCAACUCAACCGCGACGAACGCAAGGCGCUGCUGAACAUGCUGGGCAAAUUGUACCUCCCCGCGGGCACCUGCGACGCCGAAUUACUCAAGACCAUCCUGGAAUUGCUCAUCGAGGCCAUCGAUUCGGGCGUCGCGACGGAUAAAACCGGCGAGAAUAUCCUCGCGAAAUUACGCGAGAAUCUGAUGAAGCUUGUGCAUGAUGUCAUGACGCUGGAACGUGGCGGUGGUGGUGCCGCUGGUGAGGCAACGGAGGUGGAUGGUGAUGAGGAUGUCGAGGAUGGUAGCGCUGGUGGUUCGACGACCGGGGAGACGAAAGGUGGUGUUUCCGCCGCUGGAGUCAAGGCCGAGGAUGACGACGAGGAGGAAGAGGAGGAAGAAGAUGAUGACGAUGAGAAUGAUGUGACGGCGCAAUUACAGCGGGAAAUGCGCGACACGACGAUUGGGUUUACCACUACGGCGAUUGUGCCCGAUGCGGAAGGGACGAGGAUUCAGUUAUUGUCCGCUCGGCAGGAUGAGGAUGAUGAUGAGGAGGACUCGGAGAUGAUGGAUGUUGAUGGGUGAUACAAGAGAUAAUGCCUGGUUUAACUGGUGCGAGGCGGUUUCGUUCCUGCGAUGAUUCACGGAAAGACGAGACGGAUGUUUUAAGGUUAUCUUUUUUUUCUCAUUAUCGUAUCUUUUACCUAUUCGUUUCUCAAGUAACGUGGUAAUUGCAAAUAUGACCCUGCC